CAAUCGGCGGUGCUAGUGGAGAUGUCGCUGUGGUUACCGCAAAAGCCGCCCAUAUUUUCGUGUCACGUGACCGCCAGCUGAUAACAGGAAGUGCAGCACGCUGUAAACUUGAGGAUGUCCCCUACGCCCUUCUCCUCGCCCUCUGUUGCCCUGAACACAGGGCUUCAGAUGCCCGUUCUGGGCCUGGGGACCUACAAGCUGUGUGGCCCUGAAGAUGUGCACAGAGCUGUGGAUGCAGCUCUGUCUGCUGGAUAUAGGGCCUUUGACAGCGCUGCUGUCUACCGCAAUGAGGCUGACUUAGGGAAAGCCCUGAGAGAGCUCCUUCCCAAAUAUGGCUUGACGAGAAAGGAUGUGUUCAUAACUAGUAAGUUGGGCCCUAAGGAUCAGGGUAAAAAGGCCAUGGAGGGGGCCCUCCAUAGUUUGUCUCAGCUGGACUUGGAGUACAUAGAUCUCUAUCUGAUCCACUGGCCUGGGACUCAAGGACUAGCAGUGGCAGAUGAGCGCAACCCAGGUAACAGAGCUCAGAGUUGGGCCAGCCUGGAGGAGCUUCAUGGUCAAGGGAAGCUGAGAGCUAUUGGAGUCUCCAACUAUACACCAGCACACAUGAGAGAACUGAUGCAGAGCUGCAAAGUUCCCCCUGCAGUCUUACAGGUGGAGUUUCACCCACGGCUAUGCCAGCCUGAACUGAGGAGUCUCUGUAAGGAGUCUGGAGUUUGCUUUCAAGCUUACUCCUCCUUAGGAAAAGGAGAGCUGCUCACUGACCCAGUGGUCCUGGAGGUGGCAGAGAACUGCAAACGCACACCUGCACAGGUUUUACUACGCUGGGCGGUGCAGCAGGGUAUUCCAGUGCUGCCAAAAUCCUCAAACCCAGACAGAAUACUGCAGAACGCGGAGGUGUUUGACUUCAGCCUGAGUGACACGGAUAUUAACAGACUGUCAGCUCUGGACUGCGGUCACAGGUUCUGCUGGGAUCCAUCAGGAGUGGCCUGAAAUAGAUGCUGUGGGUUAUAACAGGAGAUCUUCUGUUUAUCAGAGUGAAGCUACAUCCAGAGAAACAGAGAAGUGACGUGUAUAACAAAGUUUCUGAAGCAUCAAUCAAGUUGUUUUGUUUGUAUUUUCCCUGAUGCCAUAAUGUAUUGUCCUUUUCAGUCAGUGCUCUGUUUACCCUUUUAGUUAUUUCUGAGAAGGUUGCCUUUUAACGAGUGUUACUGCUUCGUUUAGAACAAGUAUCACUGGGUUCCUACACAUUACUUUCACAGAUCAAUGUUUUCACUGACUGCACUAAUGCACACAUAACUGCAUUUCCAGCAGUCUGCAGCUCUCAUCCACAUAGAAAUUUGUUUCAUUGAGGAAAAACUAAGAUUUUUAUCAGCUGCAUUAUUUUCCAGCUCCCCACUAUAACUUUCUGAGUUAGAAACAGAAACAAUAGAUCUGUUAGUCACUUUGUUCUGAUUCUGCCGACAUGAAACUUCAAAUAUAUAUUGUAAACAUCACCAUGUGUGCUGGAAAUGCUACUAUUGGAGCACCAAUAGGUAUCAGUGUUUGUAUCAAUGCAUAUAUAUUAUUUUCAAACAUAUUCGACAUUCAGCCAAAGUUAAAGCCUUUAAUAUGUUUGUUAUUGUUAAAUGUAUGCUUAUUUUAAUUAACUUCAGUUUUGCCACUAGAGUACUCUGGAGGGUCUUCCUUAAGCUAUUUUGCAUUACAGCUAUACAUUUCCUCAUAUUUUAUUCAGAUUUCAUUGUCUUGACCUACAUAAAGUAGUGUGUUACUGUGAAGUACAAGGAAAAUAAAAAAAAUGUAUAUGUUCAAAAAUUUUACAGUUCUGUCAAUCUACUUUGACUAAUGUCCUUCAGUAAAAUCCAAUGUGAAUAACCCAA